AUGGCCGGUGUUAAAGCUUACGAAUUAAGAACCAAAUCUAAGGAACAAUUAGAAUCUCAAUUGAUUGACUUGAAGAAGGAAUUAGCUGAAUUAAAGGUUCAAAAGUUAUCCAAGCCAUCUUUACCAAAGAUCAACACUGUUAGAAAGGACAUUGCCCGUGUCUUGACUGUCAUUAACCAACAACAAAGAGAUGCUGUUAGACAAUUAUACAAGGGUAAGAAGUACCAACCAAAGGACUUGAGAGCCAAGAAGACCAGAGCUUUGAGAAGAGCUUUGACCAAGUUUGAAGCUUCCAGAACUACUGAAAAGCAACAAAAGAAGCAAAGAGCUUUCCCACAAAGAAAGUACGCUAUCAAGGCUUAA